AUGGUGUUCAUAGGUUAUCAUUCGAUUGGUGCAUAUAAGUUAUAUUCGCCAGAUGAUGAUAAGCUAGUGAUCAAUAUAAAUGUUCUGGUAGACGAAAGCAAAGCCAUCAAAGAAGAACUCAAGGCAAUCAAGAAGAAGAAGAAAAAGAAGAAGAAGAAUACUUGGGAACUUGUUGAAAGAGCUAACAAGAAGCCAAUUGAUGUGAAGUGGGUUUACAAUUUGAAACGAAGGCUAAAUGUUGAAAUUGCCAAGCAUAAGACAAGACUAUUGGAGAGAGAUUUUCUGCAAAAACCUAGUAUUGAUUUCAACUAA